AUGUCAGCGGAUUCGCAAGCGGCCGUGGAGGUGGAGACGCGUGGUGCUGCUGGUGCUGACGAAGCGUUGAACAAAAAUACUGAUUCUCCUAUCCAGCAAAGCCCGCCGUCGCUCGCCAAAUUCAUCCUUAACGCCUUGUUCACAGCCUGUCUCAACAUGGCCGAUUUUUUCUCUGAUUGGUACGUGGUCCUGCAGUACGGCUGCAUCAUUGAUUCUGUUGUGAGCACGGGCUGCGGCGAAGCGGAGGAGCUUCAGGGCUGCCAGGCCCACCCGUGGUGGUUUGGCAUUGGCCUCUUCCUGCUUAUCGGCUCCGAUCUGGCUCAAAGCUAUUUGUGGACCUUUGGGGCAUUUAGCCUGAUGGAAAGAGAAUGGUUUCCUUUUAUCAGGCGACAUUGCGGAUUUUACUACGCCGUACCUGCCAUUGGCCUGCUUCUCUUCAUUUUGUUCGUACUGGCACUAGCCCAGGUUCAUUAUCUCCUCGACAUCGCAGUGGUGUGCCACCUCGGCAUCCCCAAGAUGGAGGAUGAUCAAUUCUUUGCUAGAGGCCGGCAGAACCGAGAGAUAGCAGCCAAAUUGCUAGAAAGUGCUCCACAGCUUUAUCUUCAGGCAUACAUCCUUUUUGCUGUCGGCUCUCACGGGGAUCCCGUGAAAAUCCUUUCAGUCAUCAUCUCUGUUUUGUCCCUCAGCCGUGGCAUCAUGGAGACACUUAAGAAAGAGAUGGGGCUUGCUGUGGCAAGCCCCAUCUACUCAGUGGUGACUGGCUUAUGGCUGGCAUCCGACCAGGCCUUGAGAGCUGCUGGGUUUGCUUUGGUGCUUUCUCAUUCCGCGCGCCCCUACGGCAUCGCAGUGAUUGCUUCGAGCUCUUUGGCGACCUGCGUGUGGGUGGUUGCAGCUGAAGCCAGAGACCGCCUGGAUUUGAGCAUCAUAGUUGGCGUGGUGUGUUUCUAUCCCUGGAGUUUUUUUAUGAUCUACCUCGUCCCUGCCUACUUCACAAUAAACCACAACUUCUGGUCCAUGGUGGCUUGGCCUUGUUUGAUCAUCCGCUGGCUGGAAUCGGCGAUCUUUGCGCUUGUGGCAUUUCUCGUCGCGAGAACCAGUUGCGGCCAUGUGCCCACAUCGGAAGUAGCCGGAAUCUUCGGCCUGCUGCUUCUCAACAUUUGUAUCUACACCAUCCGCCAUUUCUGCUUCGACCGGGAGACUGGCAAACUCCGGGAGUUUCGCAAAGGCGACUUGCAACAGGAUAGCGGCGCAACAGACGUCGAUGUGAGACCAUCAAAGAUGCUGCAGGCAGAGCCAGAGGCUUCUUUCACCGGCUCAGCCUUGCAAGUGGCCAAUGUCGAGCUGAUGGACAGCUCAUGCAAGCUCAGAGGCCUGUGA